AUGCCUUGUUACUCCUCGCCAUCGAGCAUGAAUCACCCCGUGUUGGAGAGAUCAGUCGCCUUUCAGCCGGAGUUUGCGGAGCCCAUAGAAAACCUGUCGAUCCCUAAAGGAAGAGACGCGACAUUUCGAUGUUUAGUUCAUCACCUGGGGGGAUAUAGGGUCGGAUGGGUCAAGGCAGACACCAAGGCGAUACAGGCUAUCCAUGAUCACGUCAUCACUCAUAAUCCGAGGAUCUCAGUGUCCCACAACGACCACACCACAUGGAACCUGCACAUUAAAAAUGUCCAGGAAGAGGACCGUGGUCAGUACAUGUGCCAAAUCAACACUGACCCGAUGAAAAGCCAGGUAGGAUUCCUGGAUGUGGCGAUUCCUCCCGAUUUUAUACCGGAAGAAACGUCCGGGGACGUGAUGGUACCGGAAGCAGGGACCGUCAAGCUCACCUGCAGAGCAAGGGGACACCCCGAGCCACACGUGCAGUGGCGUCGCGAGGACGGAUUAGAUAUCAUCAUCAAGGAACCGUCGUACUCUAAGAUACGAGUAUCGUCGUAUCAGGGGGAAGUGCUGAAAUUAUGGAAAGUGACUCGGGACGAGAUGGGAGCAUAUAUGUGCAUCGCGUCCAACGGAGUCCCUCCAACCGUCAGCAAGAGGAUAAUGGUCAACGUGCAUUUUCACCCCGUAAUACACGUGCCGAAUCAGUUGGUGGGGGCGCCACUAGGCACUGACGUCACGCUCGAGUGCUACGUCGAAGCGUAUCCCAAAUCAAUUAACUAUUGGGUUAGAGACACCGGUGAAAUGGUGAUCUCCAGCUACAAGUACGACGUCCAGAUAGUCAGCAAAUCGCUGUUCGAAGUGAAAAUGACGGUCAACGUCAGAAACCUGCAGAAAGACGACAUUGGGUCCUACAGAUGUAUAUCGAAAAAUUCACUCGGCGAAGUCGAGAGCAACAUCAGACUUUACGAGAUACCGGGACCUACUAGAAACUACGCGGGCUUAUCUCUCGACGAGGAGGACUACAACGAUCAGCUGGGGUCCGCCGAACGGGACCACGAUGAAGAGCUGUCGAACAACGUGCUGGAGAAGAGUCGGUCGGGCUCUCCUCCGUCGAGUCAGUCGCCUCCAAGUGGAACGCACUCGUUUUCAAGGAACAACGACAACCACGUCGCUCACGACGAAACGUCGACCAAUUCGGCAAAUCGACCGGUCGCAUUCGAUCGCUUCGCGGCUCGCUCGUCGCUGCUGGUGCUCUGUUUGAUGCGAAUAAUGUGAUGAAAUUCUCGGAACAUUUUUGUAAGCGACAAUAAGUAACUCCUUUUCGUUUGAAGCGUGGCUGUGUUUUUCGAUCCCUGAAGUUUCGUUACCGUCGGGGUCGGAAUCGCGGAGAUUUCCGCGGUAGCAGUUCCGUAUCGUAUUGUAAAGCCAAAUAGAAAAUCACCAAGUUUAUACGUUCUUCAUUUUUCAAAGAA